AAAAGGAAAAAAAGAAAAGUAGACAAAAGAAAAUAAAAACGCGGAUGCGCGCUCUCCAUUUCACCACUUAUAAAUAUGCACACAGAAAAAUGGAGAAUACAAUUUAGGGAAAUAAAAAAAAUCGAAACCCUAGAGAGAGGACCUGAGGAGGAGGAGGAGAAGAAGAAGAGGAGGAGGAGGAGGAGAAGAAGAAGAAGAUGGUUUUCUAUUUCAAGGCCCGGCCCGAGGCUGGAGACUACACCAUCUUCAUGGGCAUAGACAAGUACGAAAACGAGGAGCUUAUCAAAUACGGCUUCCCUGAAGAUAUCUGGUUCCAUGUGGAUAAAAUGUCUUCUGCCCAUGUUUAUCUGAGACUGCAGAAGGGUCAAACCAUUGAUGAUAUACCUGAAGGCGUAUUGGAAGACUGUGCCCAGCUAGUCAAAGCAAAUUCUAUCCAAGGCAAGUAUAUCGCAAGAAACAAAGCAAACAACAUCGAUGUUGUUUACACUCCCUGGCAAAAUCUGAAGAAAACGCCCUCAAUGGAUGUUGGGCAAGUUGGUUUCCACACGUCAAAAACAGUUCGGACUGUGAGAGUGGAAAAGCGGAUAAAUGAGAUAGUUAACCGGCUAAACAAGACAAAGGUUGAGAGACACCCAGAUUUGAAAGCUGAAAGGGAGGCAGUUUCUGCAGCCGAGAAAGCUGAAAGGAAGCAGCAGAUGAGAGACAAAAAACGGCGUGAAGAAUUGGAAAGGCUUGAAAAAGAGAAACAAGCCGAGUUAAGGAGCUACAAGAAUCUAAUGGUGGCAGAUAAGAUGACUUCCAACAAGGACAUAGCAUCCACCAACAAAUCACUACAGGAGCUCGAAGAAGACUUCAUGUGAGGAAGCCAUAACAACAAAUUUCAUCAAAUUUGUCCAGAAUGUGAAGAUUUAUGUUCCUACUGUCAAAAGAGAUGGUUAUUGGGAAGAGGAUUUGGAAAGGUGUUUGUUUUACGCCCAAAGGGUGAACUUCAAUUGUGUCUGUUUCGAAGAAGCAUAAAUAUGCAGCCAGCUUAGAUUUGUCCAAUUUAUCGAAUUCUUGAAGCUCUUGAAUCUGUCGAUGAGAAUGGAGAGUGAAGAUGUACGACUUUGAAAGAGAAACCUAUUGUAUCUGUAUCUGUUGAUGACGAUAGCAGCUUCUUUCGGUUUUGUUGUGUCGAAUCUGUAGUCUGUUUUAUAUUCAGUGCUCCUAAUUUUUGUUGUGCGACUGUUCUUUGUUUGAUGGGAUUAGAUUACACAUUUCCGUGUCUGACUGUCUUCUUAGCUUUCUAAAUUAAGCAACCAAAUGAUUAUGAGACUCUCUCUCUCUCUUUGUUUUUAGUAUGUGUUUUCUAUAAAGGAAAAAAUAAAAUAAAUUAAAAAGGUACAAUGCUAGGC